AUGGAGAAUCGGGUUGACAUUCUGGAACAGAGGAUGAAUAACAUGGAGACGACGGUUGAACAGAUCCGUCAGGCGGUUUCUGAACUGCAAGCUCGUCCUCAGGUCACGUUGGAGCAGAUGAGACAGUUGCUGCAAGAGCAACCACGUCGUCAUCGUCAUCAUGGACGACCACAUGGUGAUGAGGAAGGGAGUGAUGAUAGCGGUGUUUCGGGAGAAUCGCGACCACGACACCGACAUCAAAACGGUGGAAAUGGAUCAGGAUUUUUUGGAGGAAGGAGACGUUUGGAGAUUCCGGUGUUUAAAGGAGAGGAUGCGUAUGGGUGGCUGGUUCGAAUCGAACGAUACUUUCGUUUGAAUGGGGUACGUACCCAGGAUAAAGUUGAUGCAGUAAUUCUGGCCAUGGAAGACAAGGCCCUGAACUGGUUCCAAUGGUGGGAGGAGCAGACACUGUUACGAACUUGGGAGGAAUUCAAACAAGCAGUGAUUCGUCGUUUCCAACCAGGGUUGAUUCAAAACCCUUUAGGACCACUGCUAAGUUUAAGACAAAAGGGGACUGUGAUGGAGUAUAGAGAGAAGUUUGAGAUGAUGGAAGAAAUUCAAGCAGAACUAAAGCUACAUGAUAGUCAUGAUCUAGAUGCAGUAAUGGAUCGUGCACUGUUGAUUGAGGAGAGGAAUGAGGUGAUGCUGAGAAGAGGGCCAGGAUGGAAGGACAGAGGAGGGACUUUUAGAUUUAAAGACCCUAGAGAAUUUAGUGGGGCAAAGAAGGACGUGGAAAGAAGAAGUACAGGCACUAAUGAGAAAUGGAGGGGUAGGAAUCUAAAUCCUGCUGAGCUAGAAGAGAGAAGCAAGAAGGGUUUAUGUUUUAAAUGUGGUGACAAAUGGAAUAGGGAACACAUAUGCAAAUUCAAGCAUAUGCAGUUGAGGUUGUGUGAGGGCAGUAGUGAAGAAGAGGAGAUUGAGGAGGUAGACGAGGAACAGAAGGUGGAUGAGAGUGAGAUAACUGAAUUGAAAACCUUGAAAUUAUCCCUACAAAGUAAGGAAGGAUUCACUUCCAACAAGUCCUUCAAGGUGUGGGUACAGAUUGGUGACAGACAAGUGCUGACCCUCAUUGAUUCUGGAGCAACAAGCAACUUCAUAACUACCAAGCUGGUGGAGGAAUUAGGGUUGAACGUGGUGAACACUCCCACUUAUGUGAUUGAAGUCGGGAAUGGUGAAAAGGUGAGAAAUCAAGGAGUAUGUGAAGGCCUAAAAUUCAAAUUACAAGAUGUUGAAUUCAGUCAACAUUUCUUUAUAAUGGAUUUAGGAGGGUCUGAAAUGGUGUUGGGGAUGGAUUGGUUGGCGAGCUUGGGAAAUAUUGAAGCUAAUUUUGGAAAUUUGUGCUUGAAAUGGAUGAAGGAUGGUCAGAAGCACUUAAUUCAAGGUGACCCUACUAUGUGUAAUAGGCAGGCUUCUUGGAAAGCUAUGAUAAAAGCUAUGUCCAACGAUGGAGUGGGAUUCUAUGUGCAUACUGUGGCUGGUAACAGUGGUGAAGGUUCAGAUGCUGAGAAAUUAGCUGAACGGGACAACAUCAUUGCAGAAUUUCACGAUGUGUUUAACAUGCCAUCAGGUUUGCCUCUUAUCAGAGAUUAUGACCAUGCUAUUCAGUUAAAACCUGAUGCUGCCAUUCCUAAUUUAAGACCCUAUAGAUAUCCUUUCUAUCAAAAAAAUGAGAUUGAAAAGAUAGUAAAGGAUAUGAUGCAAGUAGGGAUAGUGAGACACAGUACAAGCCCUUUUUCAAGCCCAGUUUUGCUUGUUAAAAAGAAGGAUGGAGGGUGGAGAUUUUUUACUGAUUACAGGGCUUUAAAUAAGGUGACUAUUCCAAACAAAUUUCCUAUUCCUAUUAUUGAAGAGUUGCUGGAUGAACUAGGGGAGCUGUAA